CUUCACCAAACGCGUAUACUAUUGCCACUGUAGUUGCUAGGCCAUAACUAUAAAGCACCGUUUAACCCUGUUCCUGCUGUAGAGAAGUUCCUUGCCUUACUGCCUAGAUACACGAUUGAGAUUCCCGAAACAUGCAUUCCCGUGCAGCUCUUCUAGUUCUCGCAGCCUCCCUGUUACAGGCAUUUGGCACUGUGGCGGCUCCAGGUGGCGCAUCUCAUGAGUCAGGCAUUCUUCCACCAUGGGUGGGCGGAAUCAACAACGGCAACGAUAUCGGCAGUGGCGGCGGUGGCGGCCCCGGCUCUAACCCUGGGCCCGGCGACUUCAACAACAACCACGGCGGUGACAACAGUGGAAAUACCAAUGAGGAUUCAAACAACGAUUCGAACGUGAAUACCUGCCCGAAUAAUGGUGUAUCCACAAUCACAAUCACUACAACUGCUGGUGGCGGUGGUGGUAGUUGCACGGCUUCCAUGUUCAUGACUCUCACUGACUGCACUGCCUCCACUACCGACUACGUGACACUGACCGAUGACGGACUUACGGUUACAGCUCCUGGUCCAACGACCACUGUCACAACAACUCUCACCACAGGUGCAGAAACUGUGACGGACCCUGGCCUGAUCGAGACUGUCACCAGCUCCAGUACAGUAACCGAUGUACUCACCGUGACAGACCACGAAAUUGAAACAACAACCGUCACCUCAACCGCCACGAUGACGCUGCACUUCACCAGCACUGUCACGUCGGGCGACGGGUGUGAGGUCACCGAUCCUAGUAUGCCGCCAGGUGGAUACGGUUCGUGCGGCGAUCCUACGAUCGUCUGGGUGUAUGGUCUAGAUGGCCGCACGGAUUACUCGUUUACAACAACAAACCAGGAUGACUUUCCGUUUGGGUCGUCACCGACCAUUGACCCAGUCACCGCGCUGAUCUGCAACCGGCUGCGCAGCCCGUGCAAUGCGCCGGAUGAGGUUGUGGACCGUUGCUGGGAGGCGGCGGCUAUUGCGAACCAGUUCGAGGGGCAGGAGGCCGCGGAUGUUUGGAAUGAGUUGAUGACUUGAGGCUUACUUGGCUUUGCAUGGCCGGGUAUUCGAUCCUUUUUUUUCUUCUAAACAUAAAACUGGCCAAAAGUGGUUCAGAUUUUAUAUCUAUCCGGAAUUAGUUUAUUUAAUCCAUUCGCUUCACCACAUAGGCAU